GCAAGCCCCAUGGCCCCGGACGCAACCCCGCAUCCUCGCAUGGCCAUGUCGUUCAUCCUCGUCAGCAGCAGCAAUGACGACAAGGUCCAGGACGACGCGACCAGACCCCAACCGCUAAGCCCGUUGCCGAGCGUCGGCUACCGCCACCCGCGACGCCAGGUACUAGUAGCGCAGACAGGCAGCAAGGAGUGCGACUACCCGCGCUGCAAGCGAGCAUCGUCGCGUGGAUCGAACCGGUGCGUCAGUCACGGGGGCGGCAAGGCGUGUACCGUCUCGGGCUGCCACGUCGCUGCGCACAGCCAUGAUCUCUGCAAGAAGCACGGCGGUGGCCCGCGUUGCGUGGUUCAAGGCUGCAGCAAAAGCUCCCAGGCCGGCGGCAAGUGCAUUGCGCACGGCGGCGGCCAGCUUUGCACGGAGCCGGGCUGCCACAUGCGAGCGCAGCGCGGCAAGCGCUGUUCGGCGCACGGUGGCUUUGUCCUCUGCGCGGCACCGGGCUGCUUCAACAAGGACCGUGGCGGUGGCUUGUGCAACCAGCACCGUCGGCAUCUGCUCUGCAGCGUCCCGACGUGCAAGCGUCUCGGCAAGGUCGAUGGCGUCUGCACGCAGCACUACAAGGUCGCCAAGCAGGCCACGGACCACAGCAAUACCAACGGCGUCGUCCUGCAGCCACCUGGCGUAGAGGCCAUCGUGCUGUAG